AUGUUCAACAUAUUCCCAUCGCGUCAGCUCGCUGUCGUUGGAACACGCACCUUCUCACCCAUCCGAUUGGCAAGUGCCACAUCCAAGCGAUCCCUGGCAUCGACAACCUCCCGAUUCAAUGCGGCACAGCAACCAAGCGCGUAUAGACAAGGGAUGGCCAAUUACAAGACAUUUGCGAAGCCGUUCAGCAAAGUAUUCCUUGGCGCUGUGUUGACGUACCAAUUGCUUUACUGGACGUGGCUCAAAUUGGAGACUGAUGAGUCCAAGCUAGAGAAGAAUGAGGAAAUGUCGAGUCUGGAGAAGAAGGCUCGGGAGCUGGCAGGUGCUCAGAAGUGA